ACCCACCUUCUCGAGUCACCGCCACGCGCGCUCACUCACCCCACAGCCUCCGCCGAGUUCACAGCUCAUCUCGACUCACCCAGAGACCAACAGUAACACCCUUCUCCAUCACAUUGCCUCACUACUUCAACUGUUACAACUCUUCAACAUCGCUUGUGUGAACGUUUACGUGAACACUCACCAAGAUGAGUCCCAGGAAGGAAGAGAUGCUAAACGUCGAAACGUCAUAUCAGGGCCACGACAACCUGGCCUUUGACACCGGCCCAGAGGACGUGGAAUCACCUGCAGCACCUGAAGAAAAGAGGAAAGAGGUCACGGGCACGGCAGAGGGCACAGAGCGAGGUCCUGACGCGACUCCUUCAGGAAAAGCGACAAGUGGCGAGCGCACAGAGCAAGGCGACGCAAGCACAAAGGAUGUCGAAGCUAGUGACAAGGGCCAAGGAUCGAGCUUCAUCAGAAAUCAGGUGGUGUGCGCCGUGCUGGCCGGCCUCACCCACCUGGCCAUCGGCACCAUCAUCGGCCUGCCCGGCGUGAUCCUGCCGCAGCUCACCGACCCGGCCUCGCCAGACAUAUUCUUUAACACUUCAGAAGUGGCGCUCUUCGGAAGUCUGCUGCACGUAGGUGCCAUGGUCGGUUCUCUGAUGGGGGGGGGCCUCAACGUUUACCUGGGGCAGCGCGUGACCCUCCUCCUGUCCAUGCCCUUCGCGCUGGUCCUGUGGCUAGGAAUGUCUUUCACUUCGACAGUCUGGGUCCUGCAGCUCAUACGCGCCCUGCUUGGGAUGACGCAGGGCUUCAUAGGCGCCGCGUCCGCAAACUACCUGGCGGAGGUGACUCAGUCCGAGCUAAGGGGACGCCUCAUGUCGUUCCUGGACAUCGGGCGGCAGAGCGGCAUCCUCCUAGUGUACAUAGUGGGCAGCAUCGAGCUGACGUGGCGGGAAGUGAUGGUGGUGUGUGGCUGCGUCACCACCGUACCUACCUUCAUCGGCCUCCUCUUCCUGCCCAACUCACCGCGCUGGCUCGUGACUCGAGGCCGCCACGACGAGGCUUACGAUUCCUUGGUCUUCCUGAGGGGACCUGAUCACAACUCCAAGCUAGAGUUACAGACCAUCGUGGACCACUUCAAUCAGGCCACUGCCAACAAGCAGAGCACGGUGGAACAACUGAAACAGAUACGAGAACCGACAAUCGUUUACAGACUCGUGUUCAUGGGCAUCCUCACCAUCCUGCUGCAGUUCACCGGUAACCUGCCGAUCGUGACCUACGUCGUGCCGAUUUUCCAGGCGGCCAAAUCGCAGCUGAACUCUUACGGCAGCGCGGUGUCCAUCGCCAGCCUGCGAGUGGCGGGCACCGUGACCUUCAUGGUGGUGGUGGAGCGCAUGGGCCGCAGGACCUUGCUGGUGGCCUCCUCCCUGGGCUGCGCCGUCACCCUGCUGUUUCUCGGAGUGUACUUCCUGCUGCAGAACAUGGGUGCGGACGUCACCUCCAUCACCUGGCUGCCACUCGUCUCCUUGCUGGUGUACAUGCCCUUCGUGGUCACUAUCCAGGCGGUGGUGGCCAUCCUGCGCUCAGAAAUCUAUCCGACCUCUCUGCGCGCCGUGACUGUGUCUAUCGUAUACAUCGUCUUCUUCCUGGCCAUGUUCGUCGUAACCCAGCUGUUCCCGGUCAUGGUGGAGACCACAGGGGAGCAGGGGGUGUUCUGGACCUAUGCCGGCUCCUGCCUCCUCAUGGCCCUCAUGGCGGCGCUGCUGCUUCCCGAGACACGUGGUCAAACCCUGGAGGAGGUGGACGACACCUUUCGGUACGGCAAGAAGAUACAGAUGCGGGUGCCGUGUAUUACAGGUGGAGUCAGUGAUAAGGAUGGCGGCGGAUCUCAAAGUCAUGUACUCUGAUAGCAAGAAGAGACACUUGUUACCACCGUGAAAGUUUGCCUCCAGGAAACACGUGCGCUGGCCUCGUGCGGUGAAAGGUGAAAUAAGAUAAAUAGGUGACGGGUGAUUAUUAAAGCACAAAUUACUUGCAGGGUCACAGACAAUAAAGGUCCCUGCAAUAUGUGGAGAUUCAGGGUCACAAGCGGUGUUAAAAAGUGCGGUUCCUGAACAUUGAAGAUAUAACGGUGAACUAAGUUAGAGUCCGGCUUUUAAAAUUGUUAUAUCUAAUUAAAAAAAAAAGUCAAUAAAUCAAACUCAUUUUAAUUUGCUCAACACUGAUUUUUCACAACCGAGUGGGCUGUGUACAAAACUGGUAUAGAAGUAAAUCCACCCACUGCAGCGGUCAGGAAAAAUGAAUCAGCGGAAAAGAAUCGCGUAUUGUUCGUUGGCCGGAAAAAUCAUCCUAUUGCAACAAUGUGAAGUUACCUUACUCUGAAAUGAAAGACGUAACUCAAACUGCAAUCCUGUGAGCAAGAAAGAGUGAAUGUGGCGUCAAUCAUCAGAAUGGCUACUGAACUCCCUACUACUACUACUACUAAUGCUACUACUACAACUUCUACUCAUGCUACUACUACCACUAUUGCUACUACUGCUACCUCUACCACUACUACUACUACUGCUACCACUGCCACUACUAGUACUACUACUACUACAGUACAACCAUUACAUGCAUUCCCUUUACAUGUGAUAAUAACAAGGAACCGUUUCCAUAUCAAUAAAGUGUAAUGUGUGGUUAACCUUCCACCAUUGACACUAUAAUGGCACUCUGAGAGAAAUUACUCAGUCAUUAAUCAAGAUCGUCACAUGAUAUUCGUCAAACCUUUCCUUAUAUAGGAUUCUUUUAUAUAAUACUUAAUAUUUGGUACAGGAUGACUUGUGACCUGUGUUAAUUUCCUUAUAUGGGAUCUUUUUUUUAUAUUACUUAAUAUUUGGUACAGGAUGACUUGUGACCUGUGUUAAUGGUGCAUUGAAGCCUCUUUAUAGGAAUUGUGUUGUUAUUUGUUUGUACAGAUUUGAUGCAGUAGAUCCUUUCAGAUGACAGGCAUAUUAAUACUGCACCAACAACUGUCCAUAGGUGUGUUAGGCUGUGAAAUGUGAUGUUAUAACUGUUCUUGUUAUAUGUGAUAUUUUAUACAUGCAAUAUAAUGCAUUUUUGUAGUGUUGUUGUUUUGAUCAUUGUAAUAAUAAUGAUGAAUAUAUU